AUGCUAGUCAAGAAAGAACCAGAAGAGCUAAUGGCCCAAACAGUUGUUCUAUACGGGAGCAUACUCUUACUCUUAGUUUAUCUAAUGAAGUUCUUGAAAAAUGUGGCUAUGCGGAGUUAUGGAGUGCCGGAUUCUAGACGAGAACCAGCAUGUGAACCCGCGACAUGUCCUCACGUCACGAGCAGACACGCGCGAGAGGAACGUAACACCGAAGAGAGGAAUGAAAGGAAACCCAAACGUCAGAGAAGAAGACGACAUCAUAAACAUUCUAUAGAUGCAUGGCCUCAUUUGGAGCCUUGCCAUAGCCAGGAUGAUUACUAUGACUGA